UCCGGAUUCACACAGCCGAAGGAAGGGAGUGUUUUUUCUCCCAAGUGACAGAAAGAGAAGAACGAGAGAGAGAGCGAUAAAUGCAGGAAUAAGGAGAGAAAGACAAAUAAAAGAGAGAGAUGGAGGAAGUGGAUAAGAUCCUGAUUCUCACGUUAAAUCAGCUGGGAUGUGAUAUAGAUGAAGAAGUCAAGAGUGUUGGAGGCUUUGGGAUUCCUGAGGUUGUUACGGGAGUAGUCAAAUGCAUAAGAGCCAUAAACAGUGACUAUGAACUGCCAUCGUCUCUCCCACAAAAUAUGGCUCAGCGCUUCAGAGCUGCAGCAGCAAUUGCACAAGCAAUUAAGGAUGUGGGUUACCCGGGAGAUGUUGGUUAUCAGUCUCUCUUGUACCCGAAUGAAACUGAUCUUCGGAAGAUUUUCAUGUUUCUUUUGGAGAAGCUGCCCAAAGAUACUGCUACUGUUUCUGAUGAACCUCUGAACAAGUUGACACUUAUUAAGAUGGAAGCCAAGAGAAGGCUUGCAGAGUCACUAAAGCAGCCUUGGAUUCCUCCCCAUUGCCGCCAUGUUGCAUGCAAAUAUGCCACCAAAGCCUCUGUCACAAAGUAUGGAACUCACCAUACUCGACAAUUUGCAUCAAAGGUGUAUACUCCAAUGCGUAAUGCUUCAAAAUUGUCUCCUGCACAAGAGGAUUACCACAAGAAUCAUGCCAGAACAGUCAGUGAUAAAAUUGGCAGAGAUUUUGUCAUAACAUCGCUCUUGCGGGCUCAUGCUCUCCAACUGGAAAAUGACCGGAUACUUCCCAGAACUGACACUGAGACAGAAAACGUGGAAAUACAAUUAAAACCAUUGUACGAGGACAAAGAAAAUGUUCCAGAGCCUAUGGAUAUUAUAGGGAUGCAGAGUACAACACUAUCAUCCUUUGAGACAUCCAAACAAAUGAUUGAUGUAAAAGUAAGUGAAGAAAACACCAAUGACAACUCAGGGACCACAGCUGCUACCUCUGAGGAAAAGUUGCUCCAGAAGAGAGAGGAACAAGUGUCAAACUUGCAGUCUGAAAUAGCCGGUAUUAGAGACAAGAUUGAGCUGUCUACUCAAGGCAUGGAAAAGGCCAGUGCUCAGCUGAAAGAGCUUGUUGAUAAAGUCGCUGAGGAGGAACGCAUCAAGGAAGAGAAGGUUGGAGAGCACAAGAUGAAAAAGAGAAUAUCGAAUCUUGUGCCAGAGUCCGAAUCCAAUAUUCAAAGGCUAAAGGAAGCCUUAAAGAAUAGUGAGGACAAAAUGGCACGUCUGAAGCAGCAGUGGGAGGCUCAUAGGCAGCCAUUGGAGGAACAGCUGUCGCAGCUUAAUCUUGAAGUGAAUAAGAAAAAGGUAACCAAAGAAGAGCUUUUGGGUGAGAUGACAGAAUUGCGAGACAAGAUGAAGGUAAUGGUGCAAGAUGCUUCAAGGAAAGAGUCUGCACUUGCACAGCUGAAGAAUCAGUUUGCAAGCAUGAAUAAAGAUAUAAACAGAGCUGUUUACACCAAGAGAAUAAUCGACAUCAGUGCCAAAGUCCGCAAACAGAAGCAAGAAAUUGAUCGUGUGCUCGUGGACACAAGGGCGAUACAGAAGGAGAUCAACACCCUCUCUGGCAAGCUAGAGCGAACCUUUACAGUGGUCGAGGGGACAGCGUACAAGGAGGCAGGUAAUAAUGAGCGAGUCCGCCAAGUGUACCGUGCUGUGGCAGCGGUACACGAGGGAUGUGGAGAACUGGUUGACAUUGUACGUGAGACGGGAACUGUCCAAAGAGAAAUCUCUGAACUGAAGGAACAGGUUGACCUUGAAAAAAGCAAGAAGGUUGAAGAAAAUUUGGAGCAACUCAAAGUUGAUCUUAGUCAAGUCAAGAAAGAGAAUGCCAGCCUCAAACAGCAACUGUUGUAAGGAACAAGAUCCAUCUGUUAGGCAAUGGGGAAGCUGAUAGUAGAAAUAUAUACAUUCCAAUUUAUAUAACUGAUUAGAAGUAUUUGAUGCAAUCAAGAAACUUCAUAUGUUAAUCACUGAAUCCAUUCUCAUUAAUUUCAAGAAAAUGUAUUUGAAAUUUAAUGUUGUUAGAGCACUUAAUUUCCAGAUUUACUUGUUGAAGAGAGAUUUCUGUGAUAUGUACAGUAUUUUGACAUGAUUUAUAAUAAAAGAAUGUAAGUUAUUAAAUAUUGUUGCCAUUUAUGAUUGUAUUACACUUUCUUUGCACUUACGAAAGUCACUGAAGAUACAGCACAGUUGGAAAGUAAUGGGGAAAUACAAACUUAAAAUAGAUUGAUUAAAAAAGUAAGAUUAAAUGGUCUUAAACUUGUAAAAUUAUACCAAUAUUUGUUUACAAAUGAACAUGGCAAAAAGGUGUAUUACACUAUUUUUGUUUAUUCUUACACAUUAGUUAAUACCCACCACCAGCACAACAAAUAAACAACCAUUACAUCACAACUCUAAGGCAUUAUAAUUUGCAAGUUCUGAUGAAAUCUUGAUCAAAGUUAUAGUUUACAGUCUUGUAAAUUAACAAUUUUUAAAACUUAAUCAUGAAUAUUGAAUUUACAGUACUACUGCAAUAUUUAUACUGAUUGUACUGUAUGCUAAUUAUAUAAUACAGGUAAUAGACAAAUAA